AUGGAUCUUGACAUUGAAAUGGACGUUGAUGACGUCCAUGAGGCGCCGGUCCCCACGAUUCCCGCAGCAUAUACGGAAGACCUAAUUGGGGAGGACCAGGAACCCGGCGAGGUGGACGAGGGUCCGAAUGGCGACGAUGGCGACAUAUCCGGCGGGGACAAAGCCGUAGUGCUAUACAAGGUCCACACCAAGGGUCUCGACACGUUUAACCCGGAUGAUGUCAAGGACUACUUGACUGAACACUACCGUACCAGCGACCUCGCCCGAGUCGAGUGGAUCGACGACACGUCCGCCAAUUUUGUCUUCAGGUCUGCUCCCGCCGCCCAAGAAGCGCUCGUCGCGCUGGCGGCCGUCGAAAUCGCCGACCCAACACAAUUACCUCCUCUCGAAAACCUUCCCGCCAAAGCUUUCUCUCGGAAACCCGAAUCAACACUGCGAGUCCGGUUCGCAGUUGAGGCAGACAAGAAAGUUGUGGGAGCUGCCGAGCGCAGUCGAUUCUACCUAUUGCAUCCCGAAUACGACCCAGAGGAGCGCCGGCGACGGGGUGAAUUCCCUAGAGGAAAAUACCGAGACCGAGAUGACCGAUACCGACGAGACAGGCGGAAUGACAGGAGGAGGGAUUCCCGUGAGGACGAGGAACCCGAGACGUUUGAUGUGAACCUUUACGAUGACGACGCGCCAGCUCUUGCGUCACGGGCUCGCAGGCCCUCGCGCCCACGGCGGCGCUCUGAUUCUGCCUCUUCCGACACAAGGCGGUUGUCCCAGCGGAACCGGGACAAGGAAUUAUUCCCUGGGAAGGCGUCUGGUGUUGGGCGAAGUCUACGUGAUCGCUCGGCUUCACCAGUGCGAGAUCGCGAUGGGGAUGCCGAGAUGGAUCUGGACGAGGAUGCACGGGCGGCUGCUGCGCUACGGAGCCGGGAGAAGGGGCGUUCGAUCAAGGAGCGGCUCUCGCGCGACAAUGGCUCUAAAGAACUUUUCCCAUCGAAAGAUAGUGGCAGACACAAGGAACUGUUCCCCAGCAAGCUUGGUUCGUCCCUCGGCAGCAGGGCGCAGAUGGACCAGGUUAACGAUACGACGGUCCUAGCAAGCGCGAGACUUGCAGACAGAAUCACAGCGCCUAACGCGGCUGUCGGUGAUGGUGGUAACGGCAUCAACAUCCGCGGCAUAGCAGGAAGACGCAGCAACGAGCAGGGGAUUGCCAUCAAAGGCACUGGGCCAACAGUUAAGGAGUUAUUUCCUGAGAAGUUUGGCAACUCGGGCAAGGAGCUUUUUGCCGAGAAGAUUGAGGGUAGGGGGAGGAGGAGGCAGAAGGCUGAGGACUCGUUUUACUAG